AUGCAAGGACAGUCGCAGAAGAGGCUCAAGGUGCUCUCGCUGAACUGCUGCACCGAACGACACGCGGGCGGCAUCGAGGAGCAGGGCGAGGUCGGCGAAGGGUACGACGUCGUCGCGCUGCAGGAGCUGUGGGUCAGGAGCGACUACGAGCAUGUCGCUGAGCGAGCAAAGGAGGCGGGACUCGUCCACAGCAGGUUCUUCUACAGCGGCGCAAUCGGAUCCGGUCUCGCCAUCCUCUCCCGGCAUCCCAUUGUGUCCGCCUUCGUCUCUCCUUACCCUCUGAACGGCUUCCCACUCCACUUUAUCGAGGGCGACUUCUUCGCAGGAAAGGCCGUCUGCGGGGUCUGCGUCGAUGUCGAGGGCGUCGGCAAGGUCGACGUGCUGAACACGCACAUGUAUGCGCCUGGAGGAGAAGGCGACACGAUUACUGGGGCGCACAGGGUCGCACAGGCGUGGGAAUUGGCGCGGAUCGCGACGGAGAAGGCGGAGCGAGGCAGGCAUGUCCUCGUGAUGGGUGACUUCAACUCGCAGCCUCACAGCCUCAUCAUGCGCCUCAUCACCACGAACGGCUCGCUCCUCGACUCUUUCGCCGAGACGCACCCGCCGCCUCCCUCGAUCACCUCAGCUGCGCACCGCGCGCUCUCUCCCAUUGAGGCCAUGCACGCACACGGCAUCACUUGCGACUCGCCGCUCAAUACCUACUCUGCGCCGAAACUCCGCAAGAAACGGUCGGGCGACGAGGUGCUCCUCCGAGGCGGCAAGCGACUCGACUAUAUCCUCUACCGCUCUCCCGCCGAUUCGCCCUGGCAGCUACGUGCCGAGUCAACGUCGCUCGAGUUGACAGAACCGAUCCCCUCGCUUGGCGUGAGCUACUCGGACCACUUCGCCCUCAGCACGACCUUCGCUUUUACGCAACAACAGCAACGACUUCCCGAUCCUCUCACGCCUGACCUCCUCUCGCCCGCUCUCUCGAACCUCCACGGCGCGUACCGUGCCUCACUCGCAUCGUCCCGCUUCCAACUCCGCAUCUUCCUCGGCUGCAUCGCCGCCGCCCUCGGUCUGACGGUCGCCUCGUCGUUCGAGCCGCUCCGAGCGCUCAACUGGCUGUUCACGCUGCUCGGCGUCAUUGCGGGCGCAGGAGGAGCGACGUUCCUGUACACGGGCUUCUUGGGAGGGAGCUGGGAGGCCGGACAGCUGAGGAAUGUGAUCACCGAGAUGGAGGCUGAGCUACAGCGGAUCAGGAUUGCGAGGGUAGACGAGCGGGGAAGUGUAGAGAUGGAUGACGGAGGCUGGACGAGGUAG